UAUCAGAUGGAACGGAAUUCGAGUUAAAUCUCGAUAAAAUAAAUUCUAGGAUGUACCGCUAAUUACAAAUGUAGCGAUGAAAAAAACCCGUGGAAUCAAGCUCGCAAGUUAAACGUAGCCUUGUUCCUCGGUUGAUGACGUUCACUGUACAGUCCUCGUGUACUCGUGCCGGUAUCGUGUGUGCCUCGUAUACGGAUUCACGGGCCGGUGAAUGCAGAAACCGUGUGUUUCUGAAGAAUAGUAAUCGUUGUUGCGGAGUGUCAGUCCUCACCGCUCGCGUGGUGAAGGUGUAUAUGAGAACGGCACGCGUGUAUAUCUAUCGGCUCGCGUAUAGUUGUGUAUCGGUGUGUGCGGAUGCUCGCGGUGGUGGCAUAGGUAGUACCAGGGGAUCACCGAGCGAAUCCGGAACGUUUCAUUGUCGUACACGCGGCGGCCGCAUCGCGAUCGUGCUGUCGCUAUCGAUCCAGUUACCUCUCAUUCGCCGUUGGAAAACUUUUUCUUCGUUUCCCGGACGAGGGAAAUUUCGUUGUUGUUCGGGGCUCAUCGGUUCAUCGCGCGCUGAAACCUCGUUCGUUGUCCCGGGAUGAUGCGCUAAUUCGUUCCUCAAAUGCGUCGUAUUCGCGAAUUACUGGAAACGGGGUGAAUCCUCCUCGUCCCAUGACUCAGUUCACGGAAAGUCGGCUUUAUUAAUAGUCCUUUAGCGCGGACUAUUCGGCCAAGUGUUUUUGUGCGUACCAGAGAAAGUGGCGUUGAAUCGAAUUAUGAGGCGGCCAAAUAACCGUGAAGAGGAACGCUGAGCCGAUCAACGUGGGGGAGAGUCGGAUACCAGUCCCACGCGCGGCGCGGCCGUCCUUUUUCCCGAAAUCGAGAGUGCUUGGUACACCGUCCCUUAUACCUGGCCAUCGGCGUUCAUUGAUACUCUCGGGAUGUUUACAAUUCGUCGAUGCCGAGGACGAGACCGGUGCUCAUAAAAAGUGUGGGCCGCAAGCUGUGUCUACACCGUCGAUCGAAGAUUCGGGACCUAAGACAUUCACGAUAUCACCUGUCUGGGAUAUUAAUAAAGAUGACGUGCAACAACUGGCUAAUUUUUCCGAAGAAAAGAGCAACUUUUUCAGUUUGCUCGAGAAUUCUCAAUUGAAUAUGAUUGAGGACGCCGGCGAUAGCUGCCUCUUGGAUACGUCUCUUGGUUACAAUGAUACUGCAAUAAACGCAACACCGCACUAUUUAAUGCUCAACAAACAGAACUCCUUUGAACAUGACGAGAGCCUGGGUAUAUUGACACCCGACCAGAUGACCGACUUCACAGUUGCGCUAGAGUGCUCUAGGACACCAUCCUGCGAAAAUCUUACAGGAUCAGCGGGUUCUAGAUUAGCAUUAACGAGAGCGUCUGCGUCACGACCGUCCGCCGAUGUUGAACCGACCGAAGAGGCUUCUAGCGAGAGGACACCGUCCCCGGAGGAACUUCCACUGGAUCCUAAACCCACGGAACCUGUUAGAGGCACUGUUCCGAUCAGUUUUGUAACAUCGGUGACGAGUAUCACCAGUCUUGAGGCUGGAUAUCAAGGUGACGGUGAAAACUCAAGGCCGGCGAGUCGUGGGGCUGAUCCACCGUCCGUCGCACCACCGCCAAAUCUUCCCGUUCCUUGCAGGCAAGAUCCGAUGACGGAUUCGGAUUUCUUUACGGAAAGCGAUGCUGACGCGUAUGAAGAAAUCGUGCGCGGCGAUAGGAAAGCUCAGGUGAUCGACGGUACCCUUUUCUGCGCGCCCGGUGGCCGAAGAUGCCCCAGCUUUACGGGAGAGGAAAUGGAUUCGAGCGGAAUUUACUCAGAUCUUGACAAAAGGCAGGACGAACUUCAGGCGCCCGAGGAGGCGAUCGAGGAACACGGGGAUCGCACGCCGGAUACUAUCGAUACCGAAGUCUCCCAGAGAAGUCAGCCGACACCGAUCAAAGCGGACGUUAUCAUGGAUUAUUUGCAGGCUCCUGUAAAUUCUCUGGACGGAUUGACCGAUUCGAACGGUUCGAUAAAUCCCGUGGAGGUGACGGUAAUCGAGGUGGAAAGGACGAACGACGGCAUAAGAUCGAAAACGCAGAGCAAAGCUGAUUUAAUUCCGUUGAAAAAAUAUAAAAUGCCUAAGAGGAACGUUGUCUCGAAAAUCAAGGCGAUGAUUGAAUCCGGUCCAAAGGACGAGGCGGAAAAGGAAGCUCGGCGUUUGCAGAGAUCUAGAAAUGGGCGUUGGGAUGCUGUUAUGAGUAAAAUUGAAGCUGGAAAAAACGAGCAAAGGACUAGGACAGUUAGGAAAGAUGUGAAAUCGAGAGUACUCCAGAGUAUUGGUCAAUCAUCUUCUACAGGAUCAAUUCAAAAAAAAGCCGGUGACGCAAACAAUAAUAGUAAUAAGGAUAAAAGGAGAAUACGUGGCCGGCAAGAAACAAAGUCACCAAUUGAAGAAACUGCCAGAAGCUCCGUUCGUAGCUCUUUGAGUGAUCUCAGCACUGGACGCAGCAAAGACGCACCAAAGAGAUCACCAACAUCGAUAAAUCCGCCAAGAAGACUGGUAGCAAACGGUCGUGGUAGUCAACAGAAUCGUGUCAAUAGUUUCGACACCAAGAAGAACUGCGUAGAAAUUUCGCCCAUCAAUCUCGAGAAGAGCCCGUCAGCGACGCGAAAAACGACAAUAACGAGAAGAUUACCAACUACUGUCCCAGGGAAACAGCAUAGUUUAACAUCGAUAAAAGAUCGCGAAACUAAGGAGCACAGUAAUAGCUAUGUGGUGACAAGAGCGUCUUUAGAGACGCGAGAUCAGGCCGCACAAACCGACAUACCUUAUGAUGCACUUCGCGUAAAACGAGCGGAACAAGUUAUACAAGCUCUUUCUAUAACCGUACAAUAUCUGGCCUACGAGUUGGACGCAUUUUCUACACCAAAACUUAAGAAAGAUUGCGAGAAUAUGAAAAAGGAAUGGAUGUCUUCGUGCGCGGAGAUUGAAAAAUUGAGGGCUAGAAACCUCGGCAUUGAAGAUAGACUAGAAUCGGAGAGAGAGAGUCAUCGGAGAGCCUUGGACCAGCUUCGUGAAGAUCUGGAAGCUCGACACGCGGAACAAAUCGCCAUCUUGGAAGCGACUCUGCAGGAAGAGAGGCGCAAAUGCGAAGUCAGAUUACGAGAUUCGCUAAACGAGACUGCGAAAGAGCAUCGAGCGGCGAUCGUGAAAUUACGAUCGGAACAAGAGGCUGAACUGAUACGAAAGGAGGCGGAAUUUAAGAGAAGAUCUGUCGUUCACGAUCAGGGGGCUGCGCUCACAGCCGAAGUUGAAUCUUUAAGAUCGGUGCUAGAGAUUAAAAGUCAAGAAAACGCUACAUUGAGAUCCGAUCUCGAUAAUAUUAAGCGAGAAAUCGAGGACAAAGAAGCUUUGCAGCAACGCUUGGACACACUUGAGGCCAGAUGCGAGGAUUUGAAAGCGCAGAUUCAAUGCAAAGAAGCUCUCGAGAGGCAAAUAUCUCAUGAUAAUGAGGUACUUCACGAAUCGAUUCAUCAGAUUUCCAAGCAGAAUAAACGUUUGGCACAACGUAAUGAAGAACUGCAAUGGAGGUUGCGUCAAAAAAACGAAGUAGUGACCGUUCUUGCGAACUUGACGCCUAGGCUUUCACGUUCUUUAGGCCCGGAACACGUCGAACAGAGUCUUUCACCCGACAAGAACGGUCCGCAAUCUUCAUCCAUGGUUAAAUUUAUGGUGCAGAAAGGUGAUUCGGUUUCAUGGACAUUGGAAAUCGAUGAUGAAUUUUCAAAGGGAGGAUCCGACACAUCGUCAUUGGCAACACCACCAAAAAUGGGUAGAUCGGAAACAAGUACGUCGGUAUCGAGACAAGGAUCGCUCAGAUUAACGCCUAGAAGGCCCUCCGUAGAUAUGAGAGCAAGAUCCAAAAGUAUUUCUGUUACGGAUUCCACACGCGUAGAGGAAUCCACUUGGUCGCCUACAUUUAACUCUACACCGAUUACUCGACGAAGACCUAGAAGUGAUCCAUCUUCUUCCGCUUCGUCCACUUCCUCGUCAUCCUCUUCUUCUGCAACAGCAGUAACUACAAAUUCUGCGGUGGCUGUUGCUGUUGCUGCAGCGGCGGCUGUCGCGGCAGCCGCUGAAGAUUGUGGCGCGGGUCAAAGGCCUCAAGAAGCAGGUGGUGAAGCAAUGAUUUCAGAAGAAACAUCUGCCACGAGUAGCGAGGAUGAGUCGUCCACGAGUAGCGAUAUUCCUCCAUUGCCAAUACAAUUUUCUUGGGGUAAACCAAUUAAGUAACGUUCUCAUAGUCCUCUCGCUUAAUACUUAAUAUUUCGAUUGCGAAGAGCUAAUAUAAUUCAAUUGGAACAAGUUUAUUUGGUAAUUCCAAUAUAUAAUAUUUUGUGACAGUUACUCCAAGUAUUUUCAAGAUAAUAUGAUAUGUUGAUAAUUAUUUAGAAUAGAGAUCGAUUGUUGAAAUAUUAACGUUCUCAUUCUGAAUAACUUUUUCUUAUAUGUAUUAUAAUCACUGUUAGAUUAGUUUCCAAGUUUUACAUAAAAAAAAUAUUUAUAAUAUUAUACAUUUGGUUUGUGAUAAUUUAAAUUAGAUUUUGGUUACAUUUAGAUUUGAUUAAUAAAUAAAUAAAUAGUUUCAAUGCAUAUUUAACUUACACAAUAUUACACAAAUUAAUUUUUUGUAAAAUAUACAAAAAACAUUUAAUAAUAUUUUACAUAUAAUUAAAUAUUAUUGAAUUUGCAUUAUGUCAACAGUUAGAUGUAUUUUUACUAUUAUAAUAUCACACCCAAGAAGUAAGCUUAAAUCGAUCAAAUUAUGUCUUAUUUAUUUUAAAUUGUACAGGAAUCUAAUGAUUUAAAAAAAUAAAAUGAUGCUAAUAUUAAGCUAAAGCUAAUAUAGACCUUUAGUAGAUUAUUCACACUCAGGAUAGAAUGAAUAAAAUUAAAAUAUUCUUCAGGCAUUAUAAAUUCAAUUUAAGUCAAAUCUAAAUUAAGCUUUUGUAAAAUAUAUAGUGUUGAAUAUAUAUUUAGUAUUAAAAAUAUUUUGUAUAAUUCGAAAAUUAAUACGAAAUAACAAUUAUAAAAAAAAAGGAAAAAGUCCAUAUAUAAAGGAAAAAGUUGUUCAAAAUGGUGACUUUGGAAAAAUAUUUCAAAAUCAUCAAAAUUGAUGAAGUAUCCUUUAUUCUAAAUAAUUAUUAAUAUGCUUUUAUAAAAAUGAACGUAUAAUUAUUUGAAAUAUUGUACGCGCACUUUUUCUACUACUUCUGUACCUGUAACUUAUAUGUCAAUCGCGAACAGAUGAAAAGCGUAUCUUUUACCAAAACUGAGAUAGUUUCGAUGAUGUUUUGUUAUCAUUUUGUAUAUUUGUGAAUUAUUCAAAGAUAAAGGAGUUGGUCUUUACUUUAAUAUUUGAAUUAGAAAUAAUAUUUUUUAUGGUGUUGCGAUAUCUUUUCAAAUUAUGACUUUUUGCGAUACUACUGCGAAUAUUAUAUAUGCCAACUUUAGUAUCUUUGCAUCGACUCUAUCUUUUCCUUGUUUCAAAGACUUCAAUACAUGAAAAAUCGCACAAUGAGAAGUCACUUGCGAUAUAUAUACAUACAUACAUUGUACCAAUUUUAUUUUAAAUAUAAACAUAUAUAUGUAUAAUAUACAUACAUAUACGUAUGCAUUGUAAUUACAAAAUAUUUUUUUUGCAGUCUUAGGUAUUAAGAAUUUUUUUAUCUUCUUCUUGUGUUUGUUUUAUAUAGAAAGUGAAUAGAGCGAAAUCAAAGCAUGUUUUGUUCUUUUGUAUUGUAUUCGUUGUUUUUCCUUAGAUAGAAAAAAUGCGCGUAAAAAUUCAAUUAAUUUAGUUUGAAAAUUGUUUGCCGGUUUCAAUCUAUAUUGUAGAUGUUACAAUAUAUUGGCAAUUAUAAGCCACGUAUUUUUCAAAACCGAAUCGAACCGAUUCACUGUUUGUUUGAUUCGCAACAUUUUACACAUGUCCAUUUUAUAAGGUAUGAUGCGUUUAUAUUACGUCUGUACAUAAAUAACAACGAUGUUUAUAAAUUAAUUAGUCUUUAUCGCAAAAUAUUGUAAAUAGACAACGAUUGUCAAAUUGAUCCUACCCUCAAAAAAGAAAAAUGUUGAUGAGCCAUUCACUGUGCUUACUGAAGAAAGCUAUUUGUCAAUGAUAUGCAGCUUACCGAACAGUACGAUUAUUGUGGUUCAUUGCAUUAAAUCGAUUACUUGCCAGUUUUUAAAAUAUAAUAUUAAUUAAUGUUAAAAUUAUGAUUUUUGUAACGUUAAAAUUUCAUUUGGCGAUAACACAUUUAUGCAAGAAUGUAUUACAUUCAUAAUAUAUCUUUCAUAUAAAAAAAAAAUUCAAUAAUAUUCUUAACGUUACAUGUUUUAAUUGCCAAAUAUUGAUAAAUUGAUAUAUUUAUCUAUAGACUCCUUUUUAUGUACAACACCAAAUCUACAGAAACUAUAUUAUUCCAGGUAUGACUCACUAAUCAACUACUAUAUAAAGAUAUAGUCAGUUGUAUAAAGAAUUGAUACCAAAAAAAAAAAAAAAAAAAAAAAGAAAAAAAAAAGAAAAGAAAAGAAAAGUAAAAAGAAAAAUGAAACUCCGUUCCAUGGACAAGAAGAAAAGUAUGUUCGGUAGCAAUAGUGUAGGAAUAAUUGGAAAAUGUCGAAUAUAACAACAAACAAGUAUUAUUCGCCAAGAAGUGUGUUUUCUCUCACUUGUGCUGGCAAAUUUAAUGUAUUAUAUACCUAUCAAAUAAAUAUUAUAUGAAUUAAAGAAA